AUGUGUGAAUACAGCAAGGCUCUACAUAUUCUGCUCAAGUCACCAGUCACGGAUGACAUAAUAAAAUUUUUAACUGAUACAACAUUGAGGGUUGUGCCCUCGAGCAACUACCCCACACCUCCGGGCUCUCCAGGCGAGAAACAUAUGGCUAGACUGCCAUCGCUGAUGACUUUUAUCACUAGAUUGGUGAGAUACACCAACGUGUACACACCUACUUUGCUAACUGCAGCUUGUUAUUUGAACAAGCUCAAGCGCAUUUUACCUAAGGAUGCCACUGGUCUACCCUCGACCAUUCACCGCAUUUUCUUAGCCUGUUUGAUACUGAGUGCUAAGUUCCACAACGAUUCGUCUCCUUUGAACAAGCACUGGGCCAGGUAUACUGACGGUCUCUUUACACUGGAGGACAUCAAUCUUAUGGAAAGGCAAUUACUGCAGCUUUUGAACUGGGACCUUAGGGUGAACACAGAAGAUCUGAUCCUGGAUCUGCAGCCUCUAUUGGAGCCAAUCAAGCAAGACUUGGUGAGGUCCAGCGACCAAAGGAAGAGAAUAAACAUGAUGAUGUCUAUGAACAAGAGGACUUGUGCUGGCACAAGCCCUCUUAGAUCAAAUAGUAGAUUUAAGCUCUAUGAAAAACAAAGAAACGUGUCAAUUGCAUCAGACUUAAGUUCCGCCACUCUCGUCGACAGUUGUAAUGACCUAAGAAGACUAAAAGAUGUUACCAACAUAGCGAACAACACAGCCGUUAAUACCACUUACGUUAGGAAUGUUGAGAAAUGGAAUGACAAUGUCAACAGACAAAGCUGGGAUUUGGAACGGAUCAUGAGUCAACACGGGUUUUAA